AUGAGGUCCCUGGGCCAGAACCCCACCGAAGCGGAGCUGCAGGACAUGAUUAACGAGGUGGAUGCGGACGGGAACGGCACCAUCGACUUCCCAGAAUUCCUGACUAUGAUGGCGCGGAAGAUGAAGGAUACGGACAGCGAGGAAGAGAUCAGAGAGGCAUUCCGGGUCUUUGAUAAGGAUGGGAAUGGCUACAUUAGUGCGGCAGAGCUGCGCCACGUGAUGACGAACCUGGGAGAGAAGCUGACCGACGAGGAGGUAGACGAGAUGAUCCGAGAGGCUGACAUCGACGGAGAUGGGCAGGUCAAUUAUGAAGAGUUCGUGCAGAUGAUGACUGCAAAGUGAAGGCUCCGGGACGGGCGGCUGGUGAUGCCCAUUCUCCUUCAAUACUUUUCUCCAACACUCUCUCUCUACUUAAGUAACCUGGUUCUUUCAGCAAACUCCAAUCGGCUGUGGAAGAAAUCUGACUAAGCAACAAAAAAUGUACUUGCCCCAAACUGCAUGAUUGUGCCCUGUCCCUCCUGCCCCUUUCCCCUUCCUCCCUUUCUCUCCUCCCCCACCCAGCCCAUCCCUCUGGCCCUAAUCCAACCUCCCCUCCCAGCCCACCCACCCCCCCGCCGGAAAUCUCAGCCUUGCAGAUGUCUUUAGUUCCUUUGGGGGGUUCUUUGUUCUGCGGACGGAGCUGGCCGGUGUCCCAGCACGCCGCGGAGAGAGCAAACUUAAACCGUGUUGCAUGCGUCUGGCACUGUGGGUCUGUGCAUUCA